ACACAAAUGAUGUGAUGACGAAUGAGGGAUGAGAGCAGAUAUAAUGAUCACACUGUUUAAAGCUGCAGACAGAAACAUCAGACUCAGGACAGAAACACACGACCUCUAAAAAAUGGAGCAAACUCUAUAUUUCAUUCUUCUUCUCAUUGCUCUCUGCUCCGUAUCUGAAUGUGUUCAGCGUCAGUAUCACUUUAUAAACGUGAACAAGACCUGGACUGAAGCUCAGAGAUACUGCAGAGAGAAUUACACAGAUCUGGCCACCGUUGACAACAUGAACGACAUGAACGAGCUGAGGAAGAGUGUGAAUAAUGAACGUAUCUGGAUUGGGCUGCAGAGGACGGGUGUUGGUAAAUGGCAGUGGUCUUCAGGUGAUCCUGCGCUCUAUCUGAACUGGGCUCCUACACAACCUGAUAAUGGAGAAGAGAGGUGUGCUGUGAUGAUGAAUGGACAAUGGGGAGAUUGCACAUGUAGUAACAGCUUCACUUUCAUCUGCAGUUCAUCUAACAACAUGAACACAGGACUCGUCUUUGUCAAUCAGAUGAAGAAUUGGAGAGAAGCUCAGAGUUACUGCAGACAGAAACACAUUGAUCUGGUCAGUGUGAGGAACCAGAAUGAGAAUCAACAGCUUCAGAAGUUCAUCACUGAUCAUCACAUAUCUGGUGAUGUCUGGAUCGGUCUGUUCAGAGACUCAUGGCAGUGGUCAGAUCAGAGUAACUCCUCAUUCAGAUACUGGAAUGCUAGUCAACCUAAUAAUGUUGGAGAAAAUCAAAACUGUGCAGAGAUUUAUCCGAACACUCAGGGACAAUGGAAUGACUACUUUUGCAACUACCAGUUUCCUUUUGUGUGUCAUGAAGAUAAACUGAUUCUGAUCAAAGAGAAGCUGACGUGGUCUGAAGCUCUGAGAUACUGCAGACAGAAUAAUGUGGAUCUGGUCUCGGUUCAUUCAGAGGAGAUUCAGCGUCGUGUGAUGAAUGUGAUUAAACAGGCGUCUACUGAGGCGGUGUGGUUGGGUUUACACAACUACUGCCUUAUGAACAUGUGGCUCUGGUUGAGCGGAGAGAUCGUGUGCUAUCAGAACUGGGCUCCAGGGAACGGAGUAGAACCGGAAAACUGCAACCUCGAGAAGAGAAAAGGAGCAGUUCAGUCUGGAGGAGAUCAGCGCUGGAUCAGCCUUCCUGAAUCUCACAAACUCAACUUCAUCUGCAGCAGAUAUUAAAGGAUUAGUUCACUUUCAAAUACAAUUUUCCUGAUAAUUUACUCACCCCCAUGUCAUCCAAGAUGUGCAUGUCUUUCUUUCUUCAGUCGAAAAAAAAUGUAAAUGUAUAUGCUUUAU